CCCCCAGUGAUCAGCCAGCUCAUCGACAAACUGAAACACAUCAACCAGCUGUUGAAAGGAAUGGCGCUGUCCCGGCGCAAAGCCCCCGAGCAGAGCACGGAGGAGGAGGAGUCGGAAAGCGGCGACUGCGAUGACGAAGACGACUGCAGGGGGGGCUCUGGAAACGGAGCACUAGGAGUUAAGAAUCGGCUCCGGUUCUUAGCAGAGCUGGCUUAUGAUUUGGAUAUGGACGACGUUCCCUCAAAUAACCAACUUUUGAACCAGCAAAGCACAAAGGAGACCGCGGUUCACAACCUGGGAUCAAGAAAUGCCACAUGGAAACGUGUUCCCGUCACUGCUGUUUUCAUGGCCAUCUUUCUCACGUGGGCCCGUUGACUUUGUACAGUUGCCACGACCAGUUUUCCUGGGGAUUAACGUCUUUCCUUCUUUCCCUCCCCCCCUCCCAAAGGAGACGUUCUGAAAAGCUCUCCUGCAAUAUAUACACACUUCCAAAGAUUAAGUGAAUGACUUGCAUUUGGUUUGUGAAAUAAAAGGGGGUCGUGACCACAA